GCCAGGUCCUUGACCUCCUGCCAUCGACUUUCACCACAACACUUGACUGUCACUGGAACCAUCUAUCUCUAAACCCACAGACCACGUCGAAUCAUUCACGAACAGGAAAUUCCUCUACGCUCCCUCCUUCCACUUGGUUCAACAGAAGCCCUCCUCCAACUUCCCGACUUCAAACUACCCGCCGAUAGGAAAUAUGCCUCCCCCCGGCAACCGCUUCCCGGGUGGUAAUCUUUCAAAUCCAUUCCAGCACAUCUCAAGCCACCCGAUACACCAGCAGCCGCAUCUCCAGCAGCAGCACCAGCAGAAUCUCCAACACCCAGGCUUCGGCGGAGGCAACCAGAGCCACAGCCUCAACCUCUUUGGGCACAACCAGAAUAGCUUUCAGUCGAAUGCAGGGCUCGGCGGGGGUGUUGGCGGCGCAGGGCUCGGCAGUGCGGCAGGGCUCGGCGGCGUAGGUGGAGGAACCGGGCUGGAUGGCCACGAGGCACGAAUGCGGUUCGCUCACGGUGCUCAAUUGCAACAGGAAGCUGCUCUGGGUCGGGGUCAAGAUGGCAUGAAAGGCAUGAAACAACGGAUACGGGAGGUCUGGCGUUCGAACCUCCACCAGGAAAUGGAUUUGCUACGCUCCUUGGUCGAUAAAUAUCCCUACAUAUCGAUGGAUACCGAAUUCCCAGGUGUUGUCGCUCGACCAAUUGGAGACUUCCCAUCGAAAGCGUCCUAUCAUUACCAAACUGUUCGCUGCAAUGUAGAUCUCCUCAAAAUCAUCCAGCUGGGUAUCACUCUUUUCUCAGUAAAUGGUGAUGUUCCACCACCGCAGCUGGAUAUGAGCUCCCUGAGUUACCAACCCAAGACGGUGCAGCUAUAUGCGCAAAAUAUCGUUGUCUGUCCCUGCACUUGGACGUUCAACUUCCAGUUCUCGCUCGAGAACGACAUGUACAAUGAAGAGUCAAUCGAAAUGCUCAGGAAAUCCGGCGCAGACUUCGACAAGCUCGCUACGCAAGGCAUCGAUCCUCAGGAAUUCGGAUCUCUCCUCAUCACAUCUGGAAUGACGCUCUCUGAUGACAUCAAUUGGAUAUCGUUCCAUUCGGGCUAUGACGUUGCGUAUCUGAUCAAGAUGUUGACGGCGAAACCUCUCCCUGAGGACGAAGAUCAGUACCGCAAAUUGGUCCAAAUCUUCUUUCCGAAGCUCCUCGAUGUUAAGUACCUCUGGCGUCAUGCGAUAAAUCUUAUGCGGCGUGGCGUGAUAGGAUCCACCGCAACCACCAUCAUCAACAAUGUCGGGACCAAAUCUGGACUGCAGGACCUAGCAGACGAAUUGGGAUGCCAGCGCAUUGGCAAUCAGCAUACAGCAGGAUCAGACGCCUGGCUCACUGGCGGUGUGUUUUGGAAGAUUCGGGAAAGGGUGUUCGACAACAACAUUGCUGACGAAAUGAAUGGACAAAUGUGGGGAUUGACGGGCGUACCCCCGCCGGCCAGCGCAACAGCCCAAGCCGCUGUUCUGGCCGCACAAGGAGCCCAGAGUAUCGCCGGUUAUCCAGGCAUGAACGGCGGGAUGAUAUUUCAUCCAGGCAACGCAGGCGGACACCAAGGCGGCAACGGACCAAGCACCCCUACCAGCCAUCCAGCAGGCCUGGCAUCCACCCCUGGACCACAAGGUCACAGCGGGAUGAUGACUCCCGGAGCGACAGGC